AUAGAAAGAGACUUGCUGGAAGAAGACAGCAUAUUUCAGACCGAGGCUUUCACCCACAUUCUAACUGUGGAUUUAUAUCCUGAGAUUUGUUUCUAUAUUAAAAACAGAGAAGCUGUACAUGGCAGCCUCAUAUGGUAAGCUAUUUUAAGCAAUUAGAAAGAAAUUGUAUUUGAGUAUGCAUGGAUGGGACAUUAUAAAUGUUUUUCAGCUCCAGAGCCAGGUAUGUCCAGUGUGUCUGUGUUGUUGCUGGGUGAGAAGCAAAGUGGGAAGAGCUCAGCAGGAAACACUAUCCUGGGCAGAGUAGCCUUCCACAAAAAAACAACUCGCAGCUCCAAGGAGGAUGGCUCCAUCUUUGGAAUACAGGUGACAGUAGUUGACACCCCAGGGUGGCUCUCCCACUCCAUCACUCCAGACAAAGUGUCCAAGGAGCUCCGCAGAGGCGUGAACCUCUGCCACCCAGAGCCUCAUGCCAUCCUGCUGGUGCUGCCCAUCACCACCACUUUCGGCCAGGAGGAGCUGAAGGCCAUGCUGGCCCAACUCAGUUUGCUCAACACCCCCGUAUGGCAGAAAGCCAUGGUCCUCUUCACUCAUGGAGACAAGUUAGGGAGAUUGCCUAUCCGGGAGCACAUCAGGCAACAGGGUAGUACUCUCCAGUGGCUGUUAGAGCGAUGUGGGAACAGGUACCAGGUUAUGGCCGGCCAGUCCAGGGCCUCAGAAUUUCAGGUUACAGAGCUCUUUGAGAAGAUCCUGAAGAUGAUGGAAGCCAAGAGACAUCCCUUGGAGGUCCAGCAAAGGAAGUACACCCAGCUGAGACGGGAUGUGAGCAUGAAGCAAGAGAGUAGGUGGCAGGGACGACCAGUGGAGAUAGAAAUGUCAGUGAUGUAUGAGGAGAUCGAUGGGAUGCCAAGACGAACAAAUAAGGUGGAGUCAGGACGGCCAUAUAUGCCAUAUAUAGGAUUCCCAGCAGGCCAAGCUUUUUUUAAGCCUGCCCUUAGCCUCAUCCUGCUGGGAAGGAGGAAAUCAGGGAAGAGCUCAGUAGGGAAGAUGAUCUUGGACAGUGGAGAGUUCAAGAAGACCAACAGAUGCUCUGUAGGCCAGAGGGAAGUAUUAGGAUGGUCUGUGACAGUGGUGGACACCCCUGGGUGGAGUCAGUUUUGUCUGGCCGAUCCUGGGCAAGUGAGGACGGCGAUCAGUCAAAGCCCUUCCCUCUGUCCUAAGGGAAACAAAGUGGCGUUCGUGCUGGCUGUACCAGUGGACUCAUUCAGAGAGAAAGACAGGAGGGCUAUAGAGGAGUAUCUCAGCAUUUUGGGACAAGAGGUUUGGAGGAGAACUGUGGUGCUGUUUACCUACGGAGAACAGCUGAAAAAAAGGACACUGGAGUGGUACAUCGAGAAGAUGGGAGAACCUCUGCAGUGGGUACUGGGCAGAUGUGGUUACAGGCAUUUUAUUCUUGAUACAAAUACAGCAGAGGAUACUCAUGUGGCUCAACUUCUGGAGAUGGUGGAGCGAUUAUAGAAACAAUGAAUAUGAACAAAUGAGAGAAAAUAUGGGGAGACAAUAUUUGUUUAGUACAAUUUGUAUUUAUUUGUAUUGAUUCCAUAUGGAUAAGAUCAACAUUAAAUGAUGGACAUGAUAUGAAAAUAUAGCAAAAAAAUAAUAAAAAAAAUAAAAUGAAAAGAUACAGCUACAACAUAAAGCAGUGGUCUCCAACCCUGCUCCUGGAGAGCUACUGCCCUGCAUGUUUUAGGUAUCUCCUCACUCUAACUCGUUAUCAAGCAGCUGAGGCUCGUCAAAGGGCUUGAUAACGAGUUGAUUAUUAGAAUCAGGUGUGUUAGAGUGAGGAGAUACCUAAAACAUGCAGGGCAGUAGCUCUCCAGGAGCAGGGUUGGAGACCACUGACAUAAAGUGAUGCUGAUACAGUAAAAUACUCAAAGUAAAAACUAAUCAAUGUAUAUAACAUAAAAAUGUAAAGAAAAUAAUAUAUAUGUUAAUGUUGAGAUGGGUAACACUCAAAACAAUAUGUCCAUGUUUAAUAUGUUUGUAUGUGAUUGUUUUUUUGAAUAAACACCUGAACCCAA